AUGCAGGCACACACCGCCUUCGGCAUCAGUCUGACUUGCGGGGAGUCGGAAGAUCCUCCUGCAGAUGUAGCUAUUGAACUGAAAGCCGUGUUUACAGACAGACAGUUUGUCAGAAAUUCUUGUGUAGCUGGAGAAUGGGGGGAAGAGCAAUCAUCUAUUCCUUACUUCCCAUUUAUACCGGACCAGCCUUUUAGGGUUGAGAUACUUUGCGAGCAUCCCCGUUUUAGAAUAUUUGUGGAUGGACAUCAGCUCUUUGAUUUUUACCACCGUAUUGAAACACUGUCGGCAAUUGACACGAUAAAGAUAAAUGGAGAUCUUCAGCUUACAAAACUUGGCUGAGCUUGCCCAGGACUGCAGAUUCCAAACCGGCUCAGGUGCCAUCGUCCGUUUGGAGAAGUGACAGCCGGCUCUGGACACAGCUAUGGUAGGAAGGCUGCCCCGUUCCUUUUCCGCAUGCAGUUCUUCACUCCUGUGCCGAUGAACCGGGCUGUUGUUUAUCCUAAUGAAGAACGUUGUUGGUUAAUAGACAUUGAGCCGUUUUUCUUGGAUCAAAAUAGCCCACCUGUGCUGGAUAAUCAAAUUGGAAUGGAUUCAGAAAGACUUGCAGUCUUGUUUCAAAUCUCACAAAAAGGCAAUUUCUGAAAUGCAGCGCUAAAACCAGUUACUGAACAGCAGUGACAACAAAGUUUUUCUUUUGCAAAUAUUGUUUCUGCACUGAAGUGGAGUAGUGUAGCACAACAUAGGGCCACGUGCUGACGUCCUUACUCGGGGCCUGAGCCUGGUUCCAUGGAAAUCAAUGGCAAAACUUCCACUCACUUUAACGGGGUACAAUCAAACUGUCUAGUCCUUAGUCGAGCACAAUUCCCACUGAUUUCUAUGGGAUCUUUGCACACGCCUGGGGGCCAGCUCUUCUGCUGGUGUAAAUCAGCAUUACAUCCAUGGCUUGCAAUGGAAUUUUGCUGAUUGCCCCCAGCCACUGAUUUGGCCCAAGGACUGUGCAAAAACUGAAUGAGGGUGCGAGGACACAGCCUGUAUAUUUUAGUCAGGGUAUUUGCAUAGAAUGUAGAUUGUUACGAGUUUUUGCACAAUGUAUUGUUAAUACAAUUUUUAAAGCUUAUCUGUAGUUUAUUUAUUUAUACUCAUUGUAUGUAUUGUUAGUAAAAAUGAACAAUCUUACUGAUGGUUAAGAACAGCAAAGUGUUCUGAAUGUACAAAAUGUCUUAGGUUCUUUGGGUAAACUUUACACAUCAUUCUUGAAAAACCAUGUUUCCUAUCGAACAUUUAGUUAAAUUUUAAUGGAGCCCUCUAGGCCCUGGGAAAAUGUGGGCAUGGUAGUUGGUGGGGGUUGGGGGAAACUCUUUGCAUAUUCACUAGAAACUGUUUUUCAGGGCUUACUAACUUUGCUGCACAGGAUAGGUUUGAGUUAAAGUCAAUCCAUUUUAAAAAUUUAAACAGCGAAUUUGUAGGUUUAACUGUGCUUUUAUAACCUGAGAAAAAGUUAAAUUUGGCAGUCUCUUAGUUCAGAAAGACAACCAGCCUCUUUCCAGGGGAGAUGGGAGAUUUCUUGCACUUGUUUGAGAACAUAUUCGGCCUUUGAUAUGACAAUUAAAACUUGUCUAGACAGCCAAGUUAUUAAUGCUUGAAAAUCAGCUACUGCACAUGAAUAAUAACUUUUCAAGUAGCUUUUUAAAUAGUAGUUAUAGCUGUAUAAACACAGUCAGUGUGCUACACUAUAAAUGAACACAGCCACUUUUCUUGACCUCUUUAGGACUAAAUACACUUUUUUUCCUUGGCUGCUCACAACAGACUAUAGCAGGUCUUUCUGAGUAGUUAUAAUCAUGAUAUAAACAUAUAUUUAGGCAAUUUUGAAAACAUGUAAUAUAGGGACUUUAUAAGACACAGAAUAUAAAAACAUCCUUUGUAGCACAGAAUUUAAAAAAAAAAAAAAAAGAGCGAGAGAGAAGAAUCUCACAAACAGAACUUUGUUAAACCUGCAAUAAUGCUGUGGUUUAAAGCAACCAGAACUGGAAUAUCCAAACUUAAGGGUAAAAUGCCAGUUGCAAAGCCUCAUUUUGCGCUAAUUUGGCCUGCAGUUAAGAAGCCUUAGACUGCAAGCUGAAAUUCCAACUGUGGCUCUAGUCCAAAGCCUGUUGAGGUCAAUCAGAGUCCUCCGAGCAUAGAAGCCUGAUUAUUAUUUCAUGCAAGUGCAAAUCUCUUUGUAAAGCCAGGGGGGUGUUGCUGCUGCUGCAGAUGAGAAUCGGGCUGCCACCUAUAAAAUACAAGUUAAAAAUGGAAUUUUUAGCCUUAACAGUGACAUUCUCUGGCUUUUCUUCCUUUUUUCCAAAUUAAGAGAGAACCUGGGUUUUUUUUUCCAGAAGAUCUGUUUAUCUGGUGUGUGGCUUUUAAGUUGUACAUCAGAUUCUAUUUGUACUCCAGAUUGAAUCUUGAUAUGAAACGUUCCUGUCUUGUUCUGGUUUUACUCUUUUACAUGAUACAUGAUGACUGUGUCAUUUUCCAUUGUAUAAAGAAUGCUGACAGUGUUUCGGUAUAAAAUAUAUUCUUAAAAAGGAUGAUGAUGAUAAUAAAAAUCCAAGGGAAAGGUGCUUCUACAUGAGGUGUUUGGGUUUUUCUCCAGCUUGGAAAUGCUCUAUGGUUCCAAAGCAGAUGCAGGCAGAAGAUUAAUUCUGUUUGGAGAGAGAUUUAGCACCCUCCCUACCCAGCGCUUUCUCCACCGAGAUACAUAAAGCCAGGUUUGCUGAUGCAGUGUCAUUGCCUGAGGCUGUCCUGCUAGUCCAGCGGGCCAUAAAGCAGGAGGCUGGAGAGAGUAAGUGGCACCAUGACCCUACAGUAGCACAAAACCAAAAGGGAUCUCACUGACAGCACAAUGCCAGUAGAGGUUUCCCCUCCAUGCCUUUACUGUAGAAAAAGGGAUUUGGCUGACUUGAAUUUUCAGCUGCUUGGGAUUCCUGGUAGCAGGAGCAGGUUAGCACAGCUCUCGGACUUUUCCCAUCCUGCACAGGCUUGGCACAUCACAGUGCCUAGGGCAGGGAUGCUGACAUGAACUCGAUGCAGUCAGCGGCGUCUCUGUCAGGAGCAAGGGCCCAGUGACACUGCCCUGCCUCAGUUCCCACCCGCUGUGCUGGGCACUCCCUUUUCUUCCUGCUCCAGUAGUUUUCUGUCUCGGGAAAAUGCUUUUUUGAACCCGAUUCUGGUUUUGCCUUUGCAUAACUCCACCAACCGCAGCGCCCACCGCUGGAUUCUGCCCUGUUGUGGUUUCUGAGCCAGGCUUCGAGGCAAGAAGGGCUGCAAACCCACUUCUGAUGGGUUGUGGUUUGGCUGAGAGCUCAGGAAGGGGCAGAAAGUCACAGUUACGGCUUCCACAUCUGUUUGUCUGUCUAACACCGGUUUGGAUGCCUUUUUAUUUUUUUGUUGCUCUUGGGCAGUAGUUAUGGCAGGGGAAGGAAGGAUGAUGUCUACAUAUCCAAGGGCUGUUGCAAGCGUACUUGGUUUACAUUCACCGACCACCGACCACGUGCAUUAAGUCAGAGAAAACAGAAGCCUUAAACUUUUCUGUUCAGCUGGACUUUGAGCCAAACCCAAAUGUUUAAGAUGGGAGACUGUGCUGCAAAAUUUAUAUCGGAAUUCUUUGGUCUCCACAAUUUAGGGAUUAUUCAGAUCUUCAUUUUGGAUAUAUACCCUACCAGGCCUGAAAUAGGACUGUUUCCAAAUUGGGCCAGGUUUUCAAAAUGUUUUUCAGUAGGUACAAGUAGUCUGUGAGCUUCUUGGAAGCUGCAGUUCUUCAGGACUAAGUGAGUGUGUGAACCAACUUUUGAAAUCUUAUGCUAGAAUUUAUUAACUGAAUAUUUCCAUGGUUUCCUCUGAAUGAGGAAAUUAAUUCUGAAAUGAAAGAAGCAUUGAAUGGGUAAAACCCAUGCGGAGUGGAAUCCCUCGAACUUAGCAUAGCUUUAUUUUUUCCAAAGAGGAAAAAGCAAAAAAAACAACCAAAAAAACAUGACCAAAUUAUUUAGUUAUCUUUGGAACAGGCUGUGAUAAAGCUGAUUUAAUUAAAAAAA